UGGUCACACACAUGCACAAACACUCUUCUCUCACACACACAAACACUGACAGGGGCUCAGUCCUGCCUUUAGACAUCAUGGAGAAGAGCUCUCCAGUCUCUUCAGCCACCGCAGCACCCCAGCAGCCCGAUUCGGAAACUGACGGAGAACUCGUCUCCUCAGCAAAGCCUGAGCCCAGAGAGGAGAAGGAGGAUGAGGAAGAAGAGAAGGAAGGAGGAAAGGCUGCUGUGGGGCAGAGCUUAGAUCCGGAGUGGGUGGAAGAGAGGUUCAGGAUUGACAGGAAGAAGCUUGAAACCAUGCUGUAUGCUCCUAAACAAGAAGAUGGAGAGACAGGAGAAGAGUUUUUUGAGAGAGUAAUGAGAGAAACUAAAACUCAGGUGAAAUGGCCGUCCAAGCUGAAGAUAGGAGCCAAAUCAAAAAAGGAUCCACAUGUUAAGGUGGAAGGGAAAAGAGCCAAUGUUACGGAAGCCAAAAAGAAGAUACUAGAAGUGCUGGAAACCAAGGUUAACAAAGUGACUCUGAAAAUGGACGUGGCCUACACAGAGCACUCCCAUGUGAUUGGAAAAGGUGGCGGAAACAUCAGAAAGGUGAUGGAGGUCACGUCAUGUCACAUCCACUUCCCUGACUCCAAUCGCCACAACGCUGCAGGGGACAAAAGCAAUCAGGUUUCUAUUGCUGGGCCUAUAGAAGGGGUGGAAGAAGCCCGGAGGAGGAUAAGAGACCUCCAGCCACUGUCGCUGACUUUUGACCUGCCAGUCAGCUUGGUGCCCCAGACUUUGCCAGAUGCKGGCUCCCCGCUCAUCCAGCAGGUGGUGCAAACUCUGGGGGUCAARGUGAGCUUCAGGGCUGUGCCUCCCCUGCCUCAAGCUCAGCCUCCUUUUUACGGGGGCUCCUGCACAGUCUGGGGGCUGCAGGGCAACACAGUUGCUGUCAAGAAGGCGACCUGCAUCCUGAUGGAGCUCCUGCUCGGGUCAGAGGCUACGGGGGGCGUGGUGAACASCCAGCUGGACGUCACCGCUCAGCAGCAUCUCUUCCUGCUGGGACAGAAUGGAGCACACUUCCUGAGUGUCAUGCACAAGACCCAGGCCCAGAUCAUCCUGCCAGACCUCAGUGCUCCGCAGAAUCCCCCAUCACUACUCAUCCAGGGCAGCCCUGAGGGGGUGUGUCUGGCUCGGCAGCAGCUCAUGGACUGUCUGCCAGUGUGUUUGAUGUUUGACAUGCGUGAAGACGGGGAGGCAGAUCCUUGUAAACUGGCUCAGAUGAUGCAAAACCUGGGAGUCUUCAUUAGUGUCAAACCCAAAGUGAAACAGACCAGCAAGUCAGUUGUGGUGAAGGGUUUGGAAAGGAACAUCUCCUGCCUUUAUGAGGCCCGCCGUCUCCUCCUGGGGCUUGAUGCCUGCGAGACCACCGAGAUACCCACACUGAACCCUGACCUCAUGAUACCCGGCACAGGACUGACCAACUACUGGCUCAACAUGUUGCUGCAGCAGCUCCGGCUCUCUGAACAGGGUUCUACUUCUGCCCUAACAGAGGUGCUACCAGGUGCCAAGCUCCACCCCUCACCUCCUCCAGGCCUCGCUUCUCCUGCAGAGGAGGGCAGGACAGGCCUGAGCAGAACGGACAGCUGGCCGCUGGAGAAGAUCCUCGAAAACGAGUACCAAUCUGGCCAAUCAGAGGACGAGAGCUCUGAGGUCACGGUGAUGUCACCGUCUGAGCUGAAUGACAGCAUCGGCAGUGUGGGGCUGAACAGUCGCAGGGGCAGUCUCCAAGGUCCAGAAAUCACUAAGAUCCUCAGUCAGGGCAGACGUCACUCGACAGGACAGACGCUAAUGUACAGGUUGCUGAACGUAGAGGUGGAGGGAGGAAGAACUGAGCGGAGAAACAUCCUGAGGAGAGAUCUGGCUCAAAAUCUUCCUGCUGAUUCAUCCAAUGCAGAGGAUUAUGACUAUGAGAAGAAGAAACUGCUGGCAACCAGAGCCAUGCAGAGGAAGCCUGUGGUCACUGAGGUCCGAACCCCAACCGACACCUGGAGUGGCCUCGGCUUCUCCAAGUCCAUGCCUGCUGAGGCAGUCAAGGAGCUCCGCAACAUCAGCCGGCGCAGCUACAAACCUUACCUGAGCACGGGCAAUACCCAGCAGUCCUGGGCUGCCCAGACAGGAAAAAUGUGUAACAGCAGCAACUCAGAAAACUGGAGGGACAGACGUGGAUCAUCACCCCAUCCCGUCUCCUCUUCUCCCCCCUCUUCGCCCACCUUCUCGUCUUCCGCUGCCUCCUUUCCUGCAUUCACAUCCUCGCUCAGCAGAAGCAGAUACGACAAACCCUCGGAAAGCUUCGUCAGCGGCAGUUUCUUUGAGGGCGUGUGCUCGAGGAGGGCGUCGACCUGCAGCCAGCGGAGCCCCUCCCCCCUGAUGACAGACGACCUGCCUGAGCUGCUCAGCCAACUCGGAUUGAUCAAAUACAUCGAUGUGUUCGAGCAACAAGAGAUCGACUACCAAACAUUCCUCACUCUGUCCGAUGAAGAUCUGAAAGAAGUUGGCGUCUCUACCUUUGGAGCCAGACGCAAGAUGCUGCUCGCAAUCUCAGACCUGAACAAAAGCAGGAGGAGGCCGUCCGACUCACCUGCCGUCAAGCCCAGCUUCCUGGAAGGAGGCGCGAGCGGCAGGCUCCUACAAACCAUGGAUGUGGAUGCUGCAGCUCAGAGUAACCACUGGUGAGGAGAGAGGCCGGUCAGCUCACAGCUCCACCAGAGGUCGUCUYURAAUUAUACACUCGUGCUGUUGCCAGCCAAUUUCAUUUACCAGAAAUGGAAAAAAAAGGAAAGCACAAAAGCGCAGCAAAGAUAAUGUAAUAUUUAAAUCCAGCAUCUUUUCUUUGGCAGCAAAACCCCAAAGUUUAUUUUCAUACCACUCAAGAUAAAKCCAAGACUUUACGUGGACAAGUUGUAUGCAGCUUUUGUGGUAUUUUUUUUUAUCAGAAUAAAGUGCCUUACUUAUGCAAAUUAGUUGCCUUGACUAGGUUAACCUGUUUGUUUAUGCAGCUGUAAAUAAAUAUUUCCAAAAGAAAACAGUAUUCCAAAAAUAUUAAUGAUGAUUAAAAUAGUUUGGUAUUAAACAACUCUGUGCAUUUAGAGUUUUUAGUGGGAUAAAAAAAAUACAUUGUGAAUCCAUUCAUCCAUUUUUUUUACCAGUCUUUUCUUUUCCGAGUCACGGGGAGCUGGUACCAGCAGUGUGAGGGGACGGGGGACACCCUGGACAGGUUGCAAGUCCAUCCCAGGGACACAAUCAAUUAUUUGCAAUCUUCUCCUGUAGGAACAAUUUAGAGUUAGCAGUUGAGCUAACAUGCAUGUUCUUGUUCUGUGCGAUGAAACAGGAGCACCUGGACAAAAUCAAUACACAGGAAGAGCAUGCAAACUACCCAGAAAGACCCCAGGCUGUGGCAAACCUGCAACUUUCUCGCUGAGAGGGGAUCCCUCUAACCACUGCCUACAUUGUAAAUAAAAUGCAAAGCAUAAAAUA